AUGGCGAUUCGCGAGGACCUUGUGGCCUCUGCGGUCCAAUUUCUGCAGGACCCCAAUGUCGCCUCCUCUUCUGUUGAAAACAGAGUCGGAUUUUUGCGAUCAAAGAACUUGACGCAAGAAGAGAUUGACCAUGCGCUCUCCCGAACUGGCGCGGUUGCGUCGCCCGCCGUCGGAGCAGCCUACUCGCCACAGGGCGCCCCCCAGCCAUACUACCCGCCAUACCAGCAGCAGGCAUGGCAGCCACAGCCUCCUCCCCGGCGCGACUGGAGGGAUUGGUUCAUCAUGGCCACACUAGUCAGUGGCGUGAGCUACGGCGUCUACGCCCUAGGCAAGCGCUAUGUAUAUCCUUUGAUUGCCCCUCCCACCCCGGAGAAGCUGGAGCAGGACAAAAAGUCCAUCGAGGACCAGUUUGAGCGAGCAUUCGUCUUGGUGGAGCAGCUUGCCAAGGAUACCGAAGAGCUCAAGCAGACUGAACAACAGCGAACCGAGAAGCUCGAUGCGGCCCUGGCAGAACUCGAAACUGUCAUGUCAGACCUCAAGACGGCGAAUCGACGACGAGACGAUGAUGCUCAGCGCAUCCGUGAAGACAUCCAAGGCCUCAAAGACGCCAUUCCCAAGGCCAUGGAGAGCCAGAAGACUCAGGCUGACAACCGCCUGUACGAGAUUAACACUGAGCUGACGAGUCUCAAGACUCUCGUCUCUCAGCGCAUGACCAGUGGAAGCAGCUCGACCAGCGGCUACUCUCGACCCGGCGCAUCCUCCACUCCCGCCGCCGCACCACCUGCUCCUGCCGCUACCACUCCUAAGCCCGCGACAGUUUCCGAUCCUGCCGCUACCAGCACCGAGACUGCCAGUACCGAAAAGGCCCCCGAGCCCGCCAAGGGCGCCGAGUCUCCGAGGACUCUCUCCCAGAGCCCCUUCAACAAGGGUUCUGGCAAGGCUUCUAUUCCUGCCUGGCAGAUGGCCAUGGCUAAUAAGAACGGUGCUGGAGCCUCCUCGGCCGCAAGCGAAAGCAACGCUGGCGAGGGUGCUUCUAGCAGCUCCUAA